AUAUAGCAAAGAACAAAAUGUUACGUUCAAGUAUUUGGGUUGGACUGUUGAUUUUGUAUGGAACAAUCUUGGCAGAGGAUAUGGUGCCGUAUGACGGAUUACAUCAUUACAUCUCACACGCGACUGAUCAAACUUCACGAACCGGAAGAUUUGGCUUCUCUGCUCUAAAUGAGAUACGUCAAAGUUUUUGUCGCUCAUUUUGCACAUCUGCAGAUACCAUGCCGUAUCUCCUAAAUUUCUUGUGUGCUGCAAAAUGUCCGGAAUUAUAUUUACCGCAUCAUACUACAACAACAUCGAUGUCGACGAUGUCAACUUCAGUCACUAUGCCAACUGCAGUCAACAAGUCAACUACAGUAAAGAAUCCAGUGAUGCAGACC